CUGAGAAACGAGAAGUGGAGGAGUCUCUCUCCCGCACCCAAAGCUGCGCGCAGAGCUGCUCCAGUGCCAGUCGUACCAAAUUCACAGAGAAGCAGAGAAAAUCAUUCACCAUGGGAAGCAGAUUGGGAAGGAGGGUAGUCCACUUCGCAAACCUACCCAUCAAGCUUCUGAUGCCCAACAACUUCACCAACAUCACAGAAAUUGCUCUCAAAACCAUCCCAUCGGCCUCCAAGAUCGAAAUCAAGCGCGUCAUGGAGUCCCUCUACGGAUUCCAGGUCGACAAGGUCCGCACCCUCAACAUGGAGGGCAAGAAGAAGAAGCGUGGCGGUCUUCUCAUCGCAAAACCCGACUACAAGAAGGCCUACGUCACCCUCAAGGCUCCCCUCUCCCUCUCCCAGGACCUCUACCCCAUCGGAAUCGUCCAGCAGGACCGCAAGCAGCAGACAGCCAACCAGACCAAGUCCGCCGUCGUCGAAGAGGGCGAGACCGAGAAGCAUUGGCUUUACGGGAACAAGGAGCGGCGGCAGCAGCCGCCAAGCACUCACAGGGGUAAGAACACCGAUAAGGGUUCGGCUGUUUUCGGCGACGGCUCGGCCAAGUUCCCCUGGAGCAGCAUGAGGUUCCGCUAGGCAGGUUUGACGAGAUUUUAAGGUUUUUAUUUGGAGACUUUGAAUUUUAUGAUACUUGAGGGUUUGAUAAAUUAUAUGGCCGUGUGGUGGCUGUUAUGCUUUCGAUUAGUAGAGCAUAUGGGUGUAAUGUUUAUGCUUAAUCUUGCCUGAUGAUGCAUUGCGCGGUUAUGUGCUUUACUUGACCCGGUAGCUGCUUAUAAAGUUGGAAAUUGUCGAGGACGGAACUUUAAUAGGCUUACUAUGACAUAUGAUAUGAAAGAAAUGUCUUUUGUUUCGUUGAUAA